GAGAGAUCCACCAGAUGGCGCUCACCCCAAUGAACCAGAGAUCCACCAGGUGGCGCUCGACCCCCGCAGCCUGGAUUCCCAUUAACCACCGAGGAAGAACCAUGUUGACGGCUACUGUAAGAUAGCAGUAAAUAGCAGGAAUAAACAUGGACAAGAAGAAACCUUUCAAAGUGACAUCUUCUUCCCUGGUGGACCUGAAGGCUGAACUCUACAGGAAGCAGGAGCAGUGCAAACACGAGAAACUUGGCCAGGAAAAUGGAGCAACUGGCGUCAAAACCAAAGUCACUGUCAAGAAACCCAACGUGUGGACCAAGCAGAACGAGGGUGUGUCUGAACGGAAUCAGAAAGAUGUGGAGCAGGCGUCCGAAGUGGAGAUCAACCUGGAUAAGUCGAGGAGCAAAUUAGAAGAAAAGGCCAAACUCUACGAGCAAAUGAUCAAAGGAAACCUUCCAGAUGAGGAGACGGAGGCCAUGUUUCUGGUCGAUUUCACCCAGAAGAUUAUCGACCGGAAGAAAGAAACCCGGGACCAGAUGGAGAGGGAAGAAGAGGAGAGAACCAUGGCCGCUCCCGUCCCGGAGCCCCAGAACCCGGGGGAGGAGUGGGUGGAUUAUGUGGACGGUCUCGGGCGCUCUCGGAGGUGCAUGAAGAGAGAUCUGCCGGGCUUCAGGAAGAUGGAUCAGAGUCUCACUGGCACAAUAAACACGUCCACAGAGAAGACCCUGCUGUCGGAGGACAUGCGACGCGACCUGCAGCGACAGCAGUGGGAGCGGGAGGAGGAGGAGGCGAUGAGCAGGCCCAUCGGGCCCGUCCACUUUGAGGACAUCAGGGAACAAGAGGCUCGUGAGCUCGGCGUGGGCUACUUCGCCUUCUCUCAGGACCGGGAGCAGCGCGACAAGCAGAGGGAGACCCUGGACAUGCUCAGAGACCAGACCACAGAGCAGCGCGGUAAGCGAGAGCUGCUGAAGGACAAGAGGAAGGCACUCCUGCAGGCGCGCCUGGCAAAGGUGAGGCAGAGGAAGAUGAAGGGGAGGCCCGAGGACGAGCUGAAGACGGAGGAGGUCGAAGACGAGGGAGAGGACGCGAUCGGCCCCUCGCCCGCGGCCCCGGAGACCCCAGUCGUCAGGCCGGACCGCCGAGUGGAGGUGGAGGUCCAGGAGAGGAAGGACACCAGGCCCGGGGUUCCCCACGUCAGGGAGUGGGACCGCGGCAAAGAGUUCAUGCUGGGUGAAUGGACGGACCGCCGGCGGCAGGAGAGGGACUCGGAGUUCGCUCCUCCGUCCGCGUACUACGCCGAGAAGAGGCCGCGGCAGGAGAGGUCCUCCGCUGGCGGGAGGUCCUUCGCUCAGGAGAGCACCUCCCGGAUGUCCUUCAAGUGGUCGGGCGGCUCAGCAAAGAGCUCCUCCGGCCGGGAGGAACCGGAGCCUGAAGGACCCCCGGUCGGACCCCCGGCCGCCCCCCCUCAGCUCCGCCCCACGGCGCCCGUUGCCACAGCGCCUGUUGCCAUGGCGCCCGCUCCAACGCAGAGCCGAGCGGCACCGCGACAUGAGCCCCCCAGGCCUGCCGCUGCACCGGCCGCGCCGUCGAAGCCGCCGCCCCCGGCGGUACCCUACACCCAGGGCCCCGCCCCCUUCAGCUUCCCCUUCCCCGCGCCCCCACAGCGCUCUCCCUUGGAACCUCCAGCCGGACCCCCGGCCUACGCUGCUCCGCCUCGCCCCCCUCCCCCGUUCCCCCCUCAGUACCCUGGGCAGUACUCCCCUCUCUAUCCCCCUCCCCCACAGAGUCUCCCUCAGCCGCCCCCCCCUGGGGAACAGCCACUGUACCCCCCUGGGAGUCAGCCACUGUACCCCCCUGGGGCCCAGGCCCUGUACCCCCCAGGGGAACAGCCACUGUACCCCCCUGGGGAACAGCCACUGUACCCCCCUGGGAGUCAGCCCCUGUACCCCCCUGGGAGUCAGCCACUGUACCCCCCUGGGGCCCAGGGCAUGUACCCCCCAGGGGCCCAGGGCAUGUACCCCCCAGGGGAACAGGCCCUGUACCCCCCAGGGGAACAGCCACUGUACCCCCCUGGGGCCCAGGGCAUGUACCCCCCUGGCUGGCCGCCCACGGCCGGCUCCCAGAGCCUGGAUGACAUGCUCUCCUUCUACAAGAGCUCCUCUUAGAGUUCACCACUGAGCCCUUAGAGCUCAUUCGAGUUCAGCGCUCUGAACAGUCAGAGCUCCUAUAGAGUUCAGCGCUCUGAACCAUGAGAGGUCCUAUAGAGUUCAGCGCUCUGAACCAUGAGAGGUCCUAUAGAGUUCAGCGCUCUGAACCAUGAGAGGUCCUAUAGAGUUCAGCGCUCUGAACCAUUAGAGGUCCUAUAGAGUUCAGCGCUCUGAACCAUUCGAGCGCAUAUAGAGUUCAGUACGCUGAACCAUUAGAGCUCCUAUAGUGUUCAGCGCUCUGAACCAUUCGAGCGCAUAUAGAGUUCAGUACGCUAAACCAUUAGAGCUCCUAUAGUGUUCAGCGCUCUGAACAGUUAGAGCUCCUAUAGAGCUCCUACACUCAACAAUCAGUUCAAAUGUGGACUUGUGCUUCUAAGAUGCGAGUUGUUGUAUCUUACCGAAACCUUCCCAUAGGAAAGAGAUUGAGUCUUCCUUUUGCUGUUUGAGCCUUUAUUUAAAUCUAACGGUGAUGUUUACACAAGUGAAGUCCUUUGCAACUAAACAUGUAUAUUAUACAUUUAGUCUUGAGGUUUUUGUUUCUCAAGUUUGCCCCACAUUGUUUUUCUCAUUAAACCUCUUCUCACCUA